GGGGUCCCGGUUAGGGGUUUGGGACACGAGGCCCCUUGCUUUAAGGCCGGAUCCGGGCGCUAGGUUCUCGCGGAGCGGGCCGAGAGGCUCCCGGGGAAUCGCCGUGGCGGCGCUGGCCAGGACUGGCCUAGGUUGGUCUGGGCUUUGUGCGGAGUGCUGCGGUCGGAGGUCAGAAAGGCGGCUUAAAGGGGAGGCGGCGGCCAGUCGUGGUCAGGGCCAGGCAGGGUUCUCUCGCCAUGGGCACAGCCUGGGCCGGGAGUCGGAGUCGGAGCCGGAGCUCUAGCCCCGGGGCCCCGCGCCUGUUGGGCCUGGCGCUGUGCGCCGCCGCCGCGCUGCUCCUGCGGGGCCCGGGCCGAGCCGCCGCCUACUUUCCGGAGGAGCGCUGGAGCCCCGAGUCUUCGCUGCAGGCGCCGCGGGUCCUCAUCGCGCUGAUUGCCCGCAAUGCGGCCCACGCACUGCCCUCGACCCUGGGCGCCCUGGAGAGGCUGCGGCACCCGCGGGACCGCACCGCGCUGUGGGUGGCCACGGACCACAACGUGGACAACACCUCGGCCGUGCUGCGGGAGUGGCUGGUGGGCGUGAAGAACCUUUACCACUACGUGGAGUGGCGGCCCAUGGAGGAGCCGAGAUCCUACCCUGAUGAGGAGGGUCCCAAGCACUGGUCCAAUUCUCGCUAUGAGCAUGUGAUGAAGCUCCGACAGGCAGCCUUGAAAUCAGCUCGGGAUAUGUGGGCAGACUACAUCCUGUUUCUGGAUGCAGAUAAUCUUCUGAUAAACCCAGACACUCUGUCGCUACUGAUCGCAGAGAACAAGACAGUCGUGGCACCCAUGCUGGACUCCAGAGCUGCCUAUUCCAAUUUCUGGUGCGGGAUGACUUCUCAGGGCUAUUACAAACGAACGCCAGCAUACAUACCCAUCAGGAGGCGGGAUCGCCGGGGCUGCUUUGCUGUUCCCAUGGUGCACUCUACCUUUCUGAUAGACCUAAGGAAAGAGGCCUCUCGGGAGCUCGCCUUCUACCCCCCCCAUCCUGAUUACACCUGGUCCUUUGAUGACAUCAUUGUCUUUGCUUUCUCCUGUAAGCAAGCAGAAGUGCAGAUGUUUGUCUGCAACAAGGAGGUCUACGGCUUCCUCCCAGUACCACUGAGAGCCCACAGCUCCCUUCGAGAUGAGGCUGAGAGCUUCAUGCAUGCCCAGCUUGAGGUCAUGGUAAAGUAUCCCCCAGUGGAGCCUUCACGUUUUGCCUCUGUCCAGGCCAAGGUACCCGAUAAGAUGGGCUUUGAUGAGGUCUUCAUGAUUAAUCUUAAGCGUCGACUGGAUAGACGUGAGCGUAUGCUGAGGACUCUCUAUGAACAAGAGAUUGAAUGCAAAAUUGUUGAUGCAAUAGAUGGAAGAGCCAUGAACACAAGCCAAGUGGAAGCCCUGGGGAUUCGGAUGCUUCCGGGUUAUCAGGAUCCCUACCACGGCCGCCCGCUCACCAAGGGGGAGUUGGGCUGCUUCCUCAGUCACCACCAAGUCUGGAAGGAGGUUGUGGAGCGAGGGCUGGAGAAAUCUCUUGUGUUUGAGGACGAUCUCCGCUUUGAGAUUUUCUUCAAAAGGCGCCUGAUGAAUCUCAUGUACGACAUCGAGGAAGAAGGUCUGGAGUGGGAUCUGAUCUAUGUGGGCAGGAAGCGGAUGCAAGUGGAGCACCCAGAGAAGGCGGUGCCGCAUGUUCGGAACCUGGUAGAGGCUGAUUAUUCCUACUGGACCCUGGCCUAUGUCAUCUCCCUCCAGGGAGCACAGAAGCUGCUGGCCGCCCAGCCCCUCUCUAAAAUGCUCCCGGUGGAUGAGUUCUUGCCAGUGAUGUUUGAUAAGCACCCAGUCUCUGAAUACAAAGAACACUUUGAGAAGCGGGACCUGCUGGCCUUCUCGGUGGAGCCCCUCCUUGUGUACCCCACUCACUAUACCGGGGAUGACGGCUACAUCAGUGACACAGAGACCUCAGUUGUGUGGAAUAAUGAAAAGGUGAAGACGGACUGGGAUCGAGCCAAGUCCCAGAAAAUGAAGGAGCAGCAGGAGCUGAGCAAGGAGGCCAAGAACUCAGAUGUCCUACAGUCCCCACUUGACAGCACAGCGCGGGAUGAGCUGUGAGCCGGCAGAGCUGUGUCCCAGAAACCCUGAGGGCCUGGCAUCGACUGGGAGCUGGGGUGGGCACAGGGAGGGAGGAAGGGAGCGAGAGCAGAGCCCAGGCCACAGGGAGGGAGAACUGUACUGGAACCUCAGGCUCUGGGGAGACAUCCUGAGAUUAUAGGAAGAGCCCCACGCUCAGUGUGAGGAAAACACGGCACCAUGGGCACACAGUGGGAUCUUAACACGUGUGUGACUGAUUCAUCCUGCAGUGUGUCCUGCUGGGGAAUGUGUUUUCUUCUUCCUUUGCAUCAAAAUCUAGGGACCUGAGGACCUGGAAGAAGCUGCCUGAGAAGAGGUUUGAGGUAUUUUUAAAAAUCUGCCUGUUUGAGGUUUUACUCUGCAGAGACCACACAGCUUUUGAGCAGUCAGUGGGAGCAGGGCCGUGCCGAGACUGCAACAAACACCUCAUUCCCACCAAAGUCUGCCGGGGGUUCUUCUAGCCCUCGAGAUUUUCUGAAGGUCAGGAAGCCAAAUAUUUUAGCCGGGCUUUAUGCCCCAGGGACCAUCAGGCCACGGGCCUGUCAGCCCAACUUUCUGCCCUAGCAUUCACCGUUAUUACUCAGGUGACCCUUUUGGUCUGGCUCAGGUAUUAAAGAUGCAUAUGGAGGGAUGACUGGGCUGCUCCUACAUGAGGGAGUUGUUCUGCAGGCCCUGCAGCUGGCAGCAUGGCUAACGGGGGCUCCCUCUGGGCGAGGGUUCUGGGCAGUGGCACCUUCCUGCCCCCUGCCCUCAUGGAUUUAUGGUGACAUUGUCAGCAUGCCAAAACUAAGUUAUCUUAACCCAAAGUUUAAUUUCUACUUUAUGACAAAAAUUGGUCGUAUCAUUGCUGAUGUCCAAGAUUCUUUCUAACUUUCAGUCCUGUGAUCCUGGGUUCCCUUUGGCUUCCUUACUUACAGGACAUGAUCGUCUUUUAUUUCCAGUGGGCUGAGGUGAGCAGAACAGACUGGAGGUCCAGACUGCCUUCCUCUGCCACCUUCAAAGGUUUCCUUUCAGGGGGAUGGACUAGAUUGUUUGCCCUGUUUCUUCACUUAAUCACUUGACCCGUCAGUCACCAGAAAUUCUGAGGGUGAUGUUCUUCCUGGCCCUUCUUUUUGAGGCACCUGGUGUGCCUUCCUAUAAGUCCCCCACUCCCACUCCCACCUUGUCAGCCCAGAUGAAACAGUGUUAGGCUGGGAAUUGCUUGCUUUUAUUGCAAGUGAUUUUUUUUUGUACAAUGUUUUUGAAAGUGUUUCAAUGUUUCUGUAAUUUUUUUUAAAAAAAGAAUAAAUUGCUUUCUUGCUGU